AUGAGGGAACCGUCCUUUGUUCUGUGUGUUGUCGUAAUUCUGUUUACUAGUGUAACUGCUCUGACGUCAUCUGAAUUUGAAGCAAAGAUAGAUGGUACCAUCAAUAAGGCACUAAAAUGCCAUCCUAAGAAUCCAGGAUUGACCAUUAGUGUCGUGAAGGAUGGAAAGUUAUUAUUUGCCAAAGGAUACGGAGUCACAGAUACCACCUCCAAUGUUCCAGUUACGAAUGAGACGCUUUUCCAAAUCGCUUCCAUGUCGAAGGCAUUCGCUGCAACCCUCCUUGUUAAACAACUACACCAAUAUUCAAAUUUGAGUAUUUACACAAAAGUGAAAGACUUGAUGGAACAAGGCUUUAGGUUUUCCACACACAUAAGAACGGAUAACGCUAAUUUAGUGGAUCUGAUGUCCCACACUUUAGCCAUUCCUAGCAACAGCUUUCUGAGAUUUGACUCCAACCUCACGCGAGAAAACUUGCAAAGACGAAUACCAUAUCUAAAGUCCAUACAUGCUUUUCGGACAAGUUUUGUCUACAGUAACCUAAACUAUGCCUUGGUUACCUACAUAUCUGAGAAGCUUGGUGGUAAGAAAUGGGAAGAUUUGAUCCGAGAGGAACUGUUUCAGCCUCUGGGAAUGGACAGUUCUAACUUUGUAACAACUAUUUCUGAUUUUUCCAAAGUAGCAACAGGAUAUGAGAAUGGUCCAAGUUCUAGUGUAGUUCCAGUCCAGCGUUCGUUUAGUCGGAAAUGGGGUAUAUGGGCUGCAUCUAAUAGUAUCCUUUCAAAUGGAAUUGAUUACGCUAAGUGGAUGAAUUUUCACCUCAAUGGCGGCAAGGAUAAAACAGGAUCACCACUAAUGGACUCCCACUCCUUUGGUUAUCUGCAUACCCCGCGGAAUGUGAUUCCGGUAUCAGCAGUGGAAAGUUACUUCCGUCAACCCAAGGUCCCAGUGUCUACCAGUGAAACUAGUUAUGCGUUUGCUUGGAAGAAUGGUCACUACAGAGGAAACCGGAUCUUGCGGCAUACUGGGAGCACGUUUGGUUACUGUUCAUUGGUUACACUUUUCCCGGAUCUCAACAUGGGCAUAUUUACCUCAAUGACGGGCGAUGACGAACAUUACAUCUUCAGAAACCUGCUUCAUAAUUAUAUUGCUGACACACUUCUUGAGGUGACACCAUGGUUAAAUUCAACCACAUUCUGUAGUUUUCCAAACCCAUGGUAUUCCUCUAUUUCAUACCAUCAGUAUGUCAAAAUAGAUCGCUCAGUAUCUGCAUCACGUUCUCUAUCAGAAUAUGUUGGUACUUACCACAACGAUGCAUAUGGAGAAGCGCACGUUACUAUGGGGAAUGGACAUUUAGUUUUAACUUACGGUGUUGCUUCUUGGAAUCUCUGGCCCAAACAUAGCCAUGACCAGUUUCAAGGUGAAGGAGUUGGGAUGCUGUAUGAAACUGAAGACAUUCAUCAGAUCAAGUUUCACACCAGUCACUCGACCAUAGCCUCAGUUGAAUUGAUUAGCUUUCAGUCCAGUGCACCUCCUAUUUUUAAGAAAAUAUCAUCAUCUCCACCUAUUCCAUCAGUGGUAGGAUGA